CGCGUCUUGCUUGGCAUCGCGAUAAAACGAGAACUCGCCCUAUGAACGUUUCUUGCAUCAACUUCUCACUACGCAAUCAACUUUUGACUCUUGAACCCCAUCGACAUCUACCAUCCUCCAAACCUAGUCAUGUCAGCCGCCGACAAGGACAUGAACCUUACAGAGACUGAGGCACACCCUCCCUCCGACCUCAAUAUCGACAACGAGCCCCCAAUUGCCUCGACAACCACCGCCACUGCUGCAACAAGUGGGACUAACUUGGGUGCUCCGGCCUCGCCUGAUACUGCCAACAAAAAACCCCCAGGAUCCCCUCAGACAACAGCUGAAGAUCAAUUCCGCGCAGAUAAUGUUGCUAGCGACGAGCUUGAACCUCACCUGGCCGCUCCUGCCACGGUCACUGCGACAGAGGAAGGAACCACCGCUCCUGUUGUAGCGCCACUGCCAACAGCAACAGCAACGGCACCUAUCACAGUUGCGCCCACAGCAGCGCCAUUGCAGACUGUCACUGCUCCUGCCUCUGAGAGGGAAGCCAAGUUGGCCAUUUUGACCGAGGCAUUCCCCACAGUUGAGAAAGAGGUGUGCGAAUUCGUGCUGGAGAGCCAUCGUGGGGAUGUCGAGGCGAGUAUCAACGCCUUGCUGGAGAUUUCAGACCCCGAUUUCCAGCCUGAGCGCCAGCAGCAGACAGCGUCCGCACCAGCCCUUGCGCCUGCGGUUGCUGCCGUGACACCUCUUGCUCCCUCCUCAGGAGCCCCACCUGCGUUGCCUCGCCGUCAGGACCCUGAUUCUUUGUCUCAAGGGAUGGCUGGCAUGAAUCUUGGCCAUAACCAGGGGCAGCGCACCGAAAUUGAUCCCGUUUUCUUGGCGUCCACCUCGACCUCUGAGCAGCAAUUGCGCGCAGACGAGGACUUUGCACGUACACUGGCCGCUAUGGACGAAUAUAGAGCCCGAGAUAACCAAAACGUUCGUAAUCAGCAGAACCAGCAACAGCAACAGCAUGAGGAAGGGCCAUCAUUUGCCACGGAAAUCAAGGACCUCAUGGAUGAGGAAUUACCCAAGAUCAAGGAACGAUUCAACGUGGCUGCUGACACUACUAAGAAGAAGGUUACCGAAUGGUACAACCAAUUCAAGGCCUCGAGAGCUGAGGCAACGCAAAGAAACAACGCGAACCAAGGCCAGUACAGCGACAGCUAUCGAAAUCAAGGAGACCAGUGGUCUAAUGAGAAUCGCAACCUGGAGCCAAUUCGGUUUGGAUCUCGUACUGAGGAGGAUGAGCCUCUUGCCCGACACAGAGUGACCCCGCCACUCAGCGGUUCGACUCCUCCCUUACCUGACAGACCUUACAACCUGAACAGUUCGACGACAGCUGAUCCCACAAUUGAACCUGCCGUGACUUCAACCAACAGCCGUCGCACAACUCUUGAGGAUGAUCUCGAGACCGCUUUGAAUGCCCAGCCAGCGCCACACCAGAGAUAAAGCAACCGGGAGCAUAGUCGUGUUUUGAUGAAAACGAGUUACCGGAUGACAAGCCUGUAUUGUACUUUUGUAAACGCUGUUCUUUACCAAAGAGAAAAAAAAAUAAUCAAUAAACGAGAUACACCAUGCG